AUGAAAAACACAUCUGUCACGAACUUUCAGUUGCAUUUCUUCCUCGGAAACUCAUCUCUCCUCGUUUUUUCAUUCAAUCCAGUGCUUUUGGCAACACAACGAGUCGAAGCUGGCCGGUUUCUCCCCGGCGUCGGCAGUCUACCCACCAACCGUCUUCCACCCGGCUUGAAUUCAGCCGUCGCCGCGGCAACCGCAGCAGCCAGCAGCAUCAACCCCGCAGCGGCGCUCAACUCGACGCUCUCCGGCCUCCAGUCGUCCCUCAACGGCCAGAUCGCGUCUCUCGACGCGCUUCUCAAGAAAUCGCUCGAUCAGAUCUCGGCGGCCCUCAGCAGCAACGCAUCCGCAGACGCCGCGCUCCAGGCGCAGAUAUCCGCGCUAAAAUCCAACCUCGCUGCUUUGAACAGUAGCCUCGCCAAUCUGAGCGCGCUGAACAUCUCGGCGUCAUCAUUGAACAUCACGGAUCUGCUUUCUCAGGUUUCCGGGAUUCGGUCCAACAUCUCCUCCAUAAGCAGCAACAUUGACGCUUUGAACAAGGACCUGGCGGGGAUAAUCCGUUCGGGCGCAGGCUCGCGCGUAGGCUCGGCGGGCGUGUCGAGUGCAGCCACCGCAGCGGCUUCGGCGAGUCGGAGUGCGGCGAUCCGCGCGGCAGUGAGGCAGCGGCUGGCGGCCGUGACGCAGCGAGUCGCGGGGCUCAACGGGAACGUGUCCGCGCUCGCCGGGAUGCUGAACGCCUUGAAUGCCGCUCUGAACGGCGCUGGUGUCAAUAGCAGCGUGGUGGCGAAUCUCGCGAAUCUUCUGCCCCAGCAGGCGGGCAUGCUGCGUGCCGUGCUGACGUCAUGCAACGGCCUGCUGUCUCUCCAAGCCGGCGCUGCUGACAUUCAGAUCCUCAAGAUUGGUUCUGACUAUCUGGUCACGUACUACCUGUAUGCAGCAGGAGUGACCAAGGCCCCGGACUCGCAGGCCAUUUUCAAGGGCAACGCCUGCAGCACCGCUGCUGCUUCAGCAGCCCUCGCCCUGCCUGGCACGUGGGUGCCCAUGAGCCCUGUGUCCUGGUCGCUGGCCAAUGUCGUCAGGGCGUCAGCUGCUGACGUGGCAGAUGUGCUGGCAUCGAUCCAAGGGAUCACCAAUGAUGACCUGUUCCUCGGAUUCUCCGGUGCUGACGGGGCAACGCUUUCAGGGAGAGUGAUCGGUGGGAGGGUGUGA